UAGCUGCCACUCUUCUGAGAGGUUGGCUUCUUCCCUCCUGCCUAAUAAUGUAUCACAGAUAUUCCCCAUCCCAGCUCUGGUGUGAUACUGGCCCUAAGCUGAUAGUUCUCUGCACAUUUUAGUUCUGGUUAUAAACCUCUUCUGAACCGGGGAUGAUAGGAUUUGGGGAUAAAGGUGAGGUUUGGUUGCAUCACUUGCAUCUCUAGUUAUGAACAGCAAGCAAGAGGCAGGGCUCAUGUGUAAUGUAGCAUCAGGGGGAGGAACUGCUUAUGUAACUGGGACAGCAGAUUUAGUCAAAGGAAGAAGAGGCAGAGGCUGGGAAUGGGAACAGUGUACUGUCGGCAGGGGCAACAUGCCCAGGUGGCUCUUUCUAAUAAGCAGGGUAGCAACAUCCAGGGCCCCUGGGUCCGAGGCUGGAAGAGCCUCUGGUCAGGUGUGGGGACCACCAGGUCAGGCCUGGAAGAACUGUGGGGACUACGGGGGCAUCUGUGCCAGCAUCAGGAGCCAGCUUCACUGCUAGUAGAGAAACCUCUGUCUGAGUGGCCAGUGCCUCAGUUCAUCAACCUCUUUCUGCCGGAGUUUCCCAUUAGGCCCCUUAGGGAGCAUCAGCAGCUAAAGGUUUUAGGGCUUGUGGCUAAAGGCUCCUUUGGAACUGUCUUCAAGGUGCUAGACUGUGGCCAGAAAGCAGUAUUUGCAGUGAAGGUGGUGCCCAAGGUCAAGGUCCUCCAGAAGGACAUCCUGAGGCAGUGCAAAGAGGAGGUUAGCAUCCAGCGACAGAUUGACCAUCCUUUUGUACACGGUUUGGGAGACAGCUGGCAGGGAAAACGGCACCUCUUCAUUAUGUGCAGCUACUGUAGCACAGAUCUGUACUCCCUGUGGUCUGCCGUUGGCUGCUUUACUGAGGCUUCCAUCCGCCUCUUUGCUGCUGAACUGGUCCUGGUGCUGUGCUAUCUCCAUGACUUGGGCAUCAUCCAUCGGGAUGUGAAGAUGGAAAAUAUCCUGCUGGAUAAACGAGGUCAUCUGAAACUGACAGACUUUGGUCUGUCCCGCCACCUGCCCCAAGGAGCUCGAGCCUAUACUAUUUGUGGCACUCUUCAAUACAUGGCCCCAGAGGUCCUGAAAGGAGGGCCUUACAACCAUGCUGCUGAUUGGUGGUCCCUGGGUGUUUUGCUUUUCUCUCUGGCAACUGGAGAGUUCCCAGUGGCUGCAGAGAGAGAUCAUGUGACCAUGCUGGCAAGUGUGACCCACUUUGACUCUGAGAUCCCAGCUUCUCUUAACCAGGGGCUCUCACUUCUACUCCAUGAGCUCUUAUGCCAGAAUCCCCUCCAGCGUCUACAUCAUUUGCAUCGAUUCCAGGUCCACCCUUUCUUUCGGGGUGUGGCCUUUGACCCAGAGCUCCUACAGAAACAGCCAGUGAACUUUGUCAUGGAGACUCAAGCUACCCAGCCUAGUCCAUCAGAGUCCAUGCUGUUCAAGGACUUUGACUGUAACCUGGAGUCCUAUCUGGUCUACCCUGGACUUGCUUGAGCCCCCUCUACUAUAAACUGGGGCCCAUCUGGAAACCUGAGCAUCUCCUCCAUUGCCAACUCAGUAUGACCACCUCGAUGAUCCAGUGUGUUUUUACUUUGUAGCCUCUUAUUGUUCUUCUAGGCCAAACAUAUCAAACAUGCGGCUGGGCCGAGUGUGACAUGCUUGUUCUAGGCCAGCGGUUGCCAACCUUUCAGACCUCAUGGACCACCAGUGGUCUGUGGACCACCAGUUGGCGACUGCUGUUCUAGGCAUUGUACCUGAGUUUAAAUCUUGGGCACUGUUAUUGGCAGCCACAACUGACCUAGCUCUUCCCCUAUUAUACAACACACCUCUCAACUCAACAUCUCAGAUCAAAGUGUUGACUUUUUCCUCUGCUUUAUUUCUCUAGUGCUCAUACCCUGAAGCUUUUAGCCAGAGGCUUAUUUCACUUUUCCCCCCUCCUUGUUUUUGAAUCACGUUUCUUUCCUUGAGCAAUAAUAACACUUGAUGAUUUUCCAAGGUGCUAUUUAUGUGUUUAACAGGCUUCUUAGAAGCAGUAUGAAUAUUUUUCAGAGGUCUCAAAAGCUGGCAUUUCAACCUGCAGGUAUACACCUAACGCAUAUGAUUCUGGGGGCCAAAGCCAGUCUGUAAUAAAUUAAAAAAAAAUUUUUAAGUGAAUUAUAACAGCCAAAUGUGAGGAAGAGAAUAAAUAGGGACUGAAACAUGGGUCGGGUAAAUGUCUUGAGAGGUAAUUGAAAUAGUUUUACAAAUUUCUUCCAAAUCAAAACCCCUUUGAAAGACAUUAGGAUUCUUAUAUCGAUCAUUGUCCUACAUAUCCCAGGAUUCAGUUCUAAUGGGCAAACCAAGGGAUUAAGAGGCAUGGCAUCAACCUUAAAAUUUUUUAUUUUUAUUUUUGUUAAUCCUCACCUGAGGAUAUUUUUCCAUUGAUUUUUAGAGAGUGGUAG